UCUGGCCGCCCAGCCCAGUUGGCUCCUUUUACUUAAAGCCAUGUUGGUGUUUUCGUGGCUCAUGUGGAUAUUUUAUUGCAGUCCAGCAGUGGGUGGUCCGGUUCAGCACUUGACUUGGUCAGAGGAGGCGAAUCCGGUGGUCCAAGAAGACGAAUCGGCGCGCUCUUCCUUCUACCACCUGCCGGUGUUCCUGCACGCAUCGCAGCCGCUUGUAGUCAAAGAGUUGCUUCGGCCCGCUCCUCGCCAGAGCUUCGUUCCCGCUGAAGUGACCGCGCUGUUGUUCCCACAGUCACCACAGCACCCAAGCACGCCACAGGCUCCACGUACACGCCCUGUGGAAGUUUGGUGCGGCUCCAGUGAGAUUGUGGUGCGCGUGGAUCGCUUGCAGUUGCGCGCGUGGCCGCAUGCAGCUCUGUAUAGUCUGGGCUCGUGUCGGCCCACCACUGUGUCCUCACGCUUCCUGUUUUUCCACUACGCACUCCCCGACUGUGCAUCUGCUUCUCAGAUUGUUGCUGGUGGUCAGUUGGUGUAUUCUUUUGCUCUUUAUUAUACCCCACCGCCGCAAGGCUACAUCAUUCGUGUUCUGCCAUUUAAACUGUCGAUCCACUGCUUUUACAACAGGUUUCAUUACUCUUACCAAGUUGGCUACACACCUCAGGUCCAGCAUACAACCUUUUUGAAGAGUCUCAGAACAAAGCUUAGCUUCAGCCUCACUGUCUGUAAUGCCCAGUGGGAGCCCCUUUCUCCUGGCCACUCAUUUGUUCUGGGUGAACCGGUGAAUUUUGUGGCCCAGAUUGGAAGCCCGUUGGCAGACGAGAGGCUCUUUGUUGACUCGUGCUACGUGACCAACUCCAAAGACCCAAAUGGCAUGACCAAAGUGGAUAUCAUCACUAACUAUGGUUGUAUGACAGACAGCCAGAGGGAGGGGAGUUCUUCCCAGUUUUGGUCAAGGAGUCAUAACAUGCUGAAGUUUUCGAUCGAUGCCUUUCUCUUCAGCGACGUAUCACAGGUGCUAUACCUUCACUGUUCAAUGUCAGUCGGUGUCACCACGUCCCACACAUCCAAGUCUUGUCACUACAACCAAACAACUGGAAGGUGGGAGGAGCUUGACGGACCAAUGUCACUGUGCUCCUGCUGUGAUUCCGUAUGUGGCGACAUGCAGGACUCUGUGAAGAACAUGGUUCGCAGUCCUGGCUGGAUCACUCGCCAGAAGGAUGAAGGGGGGUUAAAUAUGAAGGAUUCACCUGAUCACUUGGAGGCGGAAGAAAAAUUGCUUGAUCAGGAAGUACACAGAGUUCACUUUCAAAAAUUGGGAACUUUUCCAUCGGCCACCAAGACGGAGCAUAAGAAGAGAGAUGAGUCUGGCGGUGAAAAGACUUCUAUUUACCCGGAUGGAGAGGAAGCACCAAGGCCCCGAACAGCAAUCGGCAUACCUAACAAACCGGGCAACCGGGGAUUAGUUGAAAAGGAUCUGAUGACUGACGGCCAAAGGACAGAGCCAACAUUAGAUGUCACCAUUAUCUUGGAUCACAGCACGCAACAUGUGUCUGAGAGUAGAGGGGGUGCAACCUAUGCUGACAAUGAUUCUAUGAGAGGUUCCGGUAACAACAGCACUGUCACUCCAGAAAGUGCUUCUAUGACCACGACUUCCAUUGCACAAAACUCCAAUGUUGUUGGCGAUCUUGGUUCUGCUGAAAAGGGUUCUACAGAUUUUAUUCCGAGCGCUGAAUUGUGUUUGCACAUCGAUAAAAAAAGUUGCCUGUCCAAGGAUGGUACAGUCAAGGUUGGAAAGGGUAACACAAGUGUUGAGCACACUGAUCCUAUCCGAACCUCUGCCUCCAAAACCACUAGACUGAUGCUGAAAGCUGGAGAAGAGUCUGCAAACAGUUCGGCUAAAACAGACUCUUCUGAGUUGGAUGAUGUCAGCGAAUCAGCAGAAUCAGUUGGCCGACAACUAGAAAGGGUGCCAGAGCCAGUAGUCAACUAUAUUGAUGGUAAAGGACUUGAUGGAGGUGAUAUGCUUCAAAGUCUUCAGGUCAGAGAAUGGGAAUCGGACCCAUCUGCCAAAUUAAGAGGCCCGGCAUGUGUUGACAGGUCUGAUUGCAGUUCUGGAAUUGAAGAAGAUGAAGCACUUCAUCGCGGUCAGUUUGCCAUCGCAGCCAAGACAAAAAAAGUAGAAGACAAAAAUUCUGGCGUCACUUCAGGCUCGACAAGUUCUCAGGAAGUGCUUGACAAUUCCCAUCACUCUGCUGUGAUAAUAGUCACAAAUACAUUGCAGGAGAACAAGCAUUUUGGAAUUGAUGAUUGGUUGACCAAGUGAAGAUGAACAUGCACAUCAAAGGGAAAUGGACAGGACAUUUAAAUUGAGUCCCAAUGCUUUCGACAUGGACAUGUCUUCUGGCAAAGCUAACAUGACUCGCAGUGUUGUCAACAGUUUGGUGUUAAGAAUGAAACAUUUAA